AUGGAGUGGAAGGAAACUCUUGAAGAGUGCGGGUACAACGUUCUGAAGGUACUCAAUCAUGUCCAUGGGCAGGACGAUGUCCCUACCAAGGAGGUGCAGCGCUCUUCACUUCAGUUCGCCGAGUAUCUCGAGGAGAGAAAGUCAAGGCUCCUCAAUCUUGAAGUCGGGGAAGAUGAGAGGCCUGCAGCUGUCUACCGAAGAUAUUAUGAAGCGACUGUGCCAAAUAUCUAUUUGUUCAGGAGGGUGGCUGGUGGACAGCGAGACGGAAGAAGACGAGGAAACCGGCAGCAACGGUGA